CUCACACUCCUCACCCCUCUGUCCCUCUCUUUCAGCCUAUAUCUUCUCUCCAUCUCUCUCCCCUCCCCUCUCUCCCUUUCCCUUAGCCCUCUCCUGUCUCGCUCUGUCCCUCUCUGUCAGUCUAUUUCCAGUGCUAGCUGAGUCAGGCGAAUAGCUCCCAGCUUGGAAUGACACAAAUAGGAAGAGGGACUCCAAUCCUCUAAGAGGGUCAGAUACCAACAGAAAAAUAACAAGAAACUUUAGAAAACAUCAGGAACUACGGAAAAAUACUGAAACCUGCUAAAGGAACCUGCUAUAAACUACAAAAAUGGACUCUGAUAUGGCGUUGACGGAAUUACAGGAGCAUGAGUUGCCAGAGGCCGUCGUUCAGGAGGAUGAAGACGACGUGGAGGAACUCAGGAACAGUCUGCGGGAGGUGGUCCAGGACCAGUCUGUGAAGCCCAAGCUGCAGUGUCUGAUGGUGGACCCGUCCUUCUCCAUGGUGACUGUUCAGAGUGAGGACAGCGGCAUAGUCUGGGAAACGGCCUCCAGCCGAUGCUCCACCCCCUGGGCGUCGGAGGCCAGCUACAGCUCUGAUACCUACAGUUUGGACGGCUCUGCUACGGGUGGUGGAGGUGCACAGGGCAAAAUUACCAUUGUCUUCGAUGAGGACAAGAUAGUUCGGAGGAGGAAGAGGAUGAGAGGAAAGGCCAGGCUGGGUGAGAGGCUAAGGAGACCCGGGAGCUCCAGGUCUGGCUCGACACUGGGGGUGGAGAGGCCUGAGAUGGCUGAGGUGUCUGUGCCAAACAUCCGAGUGGAGAGUGUAGAGUCAGACACAGAGUCAGGGGAAGUGAAAGACAAAGAGCAGGAGCUGUUUAGUCUGAUUUCAGAGGGUUAUGAGAUCCUCAACAUCAAAGUGCCGUCCAAACUGCCCACAGUGGAUGAGGAGGAGAGCACUGAGCUGCAGGAUAACCUGUCCUACUUGGAGGAGACACCCAGGAUCAGGUCCAAAUCCAGGCGGGGCUCUGAGGCCUUACCUGCCCAGGACUACCCACAAGUGAAGGAGGUACAGGAGGGCACAGAAGGAGAAGAAGUAGGAGAGUCUAAGCCCUCAGAACCCACAGAGCAACAGGGGCCUCACAGCCACAAGGACGGCACCAGCAACAUGGACUACUUUGAGGCAUUUACCCUCCUGGAUGAGGUGGUUCCUGGGCAGCAGGUUCCAGAGCCAGUGGGAGACGAGACACCCACGAAGCCCCAACGAGAGGAGACUAAUCUGGGGCAGAUGACAGCCACAGACAGCCUCUCUGCAGCUCUGGACGAUGACUUUGUGUUUGUCACAGACAUGGAGAUUGCCAGCGAGCGUUUGGAUGAGGUGUUCUACGGGAACAAACACCACGCACCCCUAGAGGACCUGAUGAAAAGGGGAGAAGAGGAUGAAGAGGAGGGAGGGAAGAGAGGAAGAAGGGAGAGUCUGAGGUCUCUGAAGGAAAGUGGGUCAGCACUGUUCGGCAGAGAGGAGAGCAUCCUCACCCCCAUCUUCCUCUCCCCGGGACCCCCUAAGAUCAUUGAUCCCAUCCUGCUAGAGGAACCCACAGCCAUGUCCUUCCUCUACUCCGACCUGUACGAGGACGCCAUGGGGGAGAGGAGGAGGAGCGACGAGGAAGGCUCAGAGGCAGAGAGCGUGGGGUCGGACAGAUCGUUCCAGAGGCGACUGUCUGAUUCAGAGGAAACAGACGGAUACCUGGAGAAGUUUAUCCUGAAAGACGAGACUCCCAAUGUGGAGGACCAAUCAGAAGAAGUGGAUGGUAAAGGGGAGGGGCUAAUGAUGUGGUCGCAGAGUAAGUUUGAGCUGACCGGAUUCCUAACGAGAGUGGUGGAAGAAGAAGAAGAGGAGAAGGAGGAGAUCAAAGCUGUAGAGAUGAAUGGGUACCUGCAACCAGCAGGAUAUAAAGAUAUGGAGGAAUCAACAGAGAUGGAAGAAUCAACAGAGAAAUCUUUGCUGCACAUCAAGGAAACUGGUCCAGAUAAAGACUCUGAGUCUGUAAAUACAGACAGAAAAGUGUCUCAAGUUGAGAAGGACCAUCUAGUCCCAGGAAAGAAACCUGAGAAGGUUGAUGUGGUAGAGGAAGCUAAAAGUGAGACAACACCUGAGGCACAUGAGUCAGAGGUUGACAGCCAGGAGGAGGUAGUGUCAGAUAAAGUAUCCCAUGAAACAGAGCUACUAGCUCAGGCAGAGGAGGUGAAAAAAGAAGACGAAGUAGAAGUGUCUAGAGUGGCAAAACCAGUUGUAAUUCAGGAGCCUGUGGUUGUACAGGUGAACCAAGUGUCAACUGAAAGUAAAACAGAGACUGUAGUUAAAGCAUCUGAACCUGUAAGAGCAGAGGAUGCUAUUAAAGAUCCAACUGAGGCCAUAGCAGGAGCACUGGAGCUACACAGGGUCUCUCAAAAGGCAGUUACUGAUUUAUCAGUAGCUGAUACCAAAAUGGCAUCUGAAAUUGCAGCUGAAGCUAUCAAUAGAAUGGAAAUGCUAGCUGAAGCACACAAAGUUGAAAAAGUAGAGAAUAGAUCUGAGGAGCCUGUGAGUGUAGCGGAGGAGUCCUUCACACACAAUCCUGAAGCCGAAGUAGUUCCAACUGCCCCUCCUGCAGAAGCUGCGGAGCGAUGGGCGUCACUUCUUGCCCCUGCUGAGGGAGAUAAGGGACAGGAGAAAGAGCCAAUGAAGAAGCAGGACUUGGAAGGUGAGGACGAGUGGGUGUUCACUCCCCUCAGGAGCUUUGCUCCACAGGAAGACCUCUCUGAGCUGCACAGAGAAACUGUAGUUUCAGAGAUGGAGCUGCACAGGGAGACUGCAGAAGAGCUGGAGUAUGAGAUAAUCUCGCAGCAGGAGGCAAGAGAGAUGAUGGUGUCUGAGACAGAGAGAAAACAGCUCUGCCCAGGCCCUAACUCUAAUCUAGAGAGAGAGAGGGAGCUGGAGAAAGAAAAGGAGAGAGAGAUGGAGUUGGAGAGGGAGAGAAAGAAGCAGAGGUUCAAGGAGGAGGAGAGACAGGAGAGGGAGGAGAGGGAGAGACAGAGGAGGGGGAGGCAGGAGAAGGAGAGACAGAUGGGGUUGGAGAGGGAAAGAGAAAGGGAGAGGCUAAGGCUGAAGGAGGCAAAUGAGAGACAGGAGAAGGAGAACAAGGAGAGGAAGGAAAAUGAGAGACAGGAGAGGGAGAGACAUAUACAAUUGGAAAGGGAGAGAGAUAGGGAGAGGCAGGGGCUGAAGGAGGAGAAGGAGAGACAGGAGAGGGAGAAACAGGAGAGGGAGCUACAGGUGGAAAAUGAAAGAGAAAAGGAGAGGCUGAAGGAAGAGAAGGAGGCGAAGGAGAGACAUGAGAGGAAAAGACAGAUGGAGAGGGAGAGAGAAAAGGAGAGGCAGAGGCUGAAAGAAGAGAAGGAGAGACAGGUGAGGGAGAGAACAAUAGAAUUGGAGAGGGAGAGAGAAAGGGAGAGGCUGAAGAAGGAGAAGGAGAGACAGGAGAGGGAUAGACAGAUGGAGAAGGAGAGAGAAAAGGACAGGCAGAGGCUGAAGGAGAGAGAGGAGAAGGAGAGACAUGAGAGGGAAAGAGAAAGGGAGAGGCAGAGGCUGAAGGAGGAGAAGGAGAGACAGGAGAGGGAGAGACAGAUGGAGAAGGAGAGAGAAAAGGACAGGCAGAGGCUGAAGGAAGAGAAAGAGAGACAGGAGAAGGAGAGACAGAUAGAAUUGGAGAGGGAGAGAGAAAAUGAGAGGCAGAGGCUGAAGGAGAGAGAGGAGAAGGAGAGACAGGAGAGGGAGAGACAGGUGGAGUUUGAGAGGGAAAGACAAAAGGAGAGGCAGAGGCUGAAGGAGAGGGAGGAGAAGGAGAGACAGGAGAGGGAAAGGCAGAUGGAGUUGGAGAGGGAGAGAGAAAAGGAGAGGCAGAGGCUGAAGGAGGAGAAGGAGAGACAGGAGAGGGAGAGAGAAAAGGAGAGGCAAAGGCUGAAGGAGGAGAGACAGGAGAGGGAAAGGCAGAUGGAGUUGGAGAGGGAGAGAGAAAAGGAGAGGCAGAGGCUGAAGGAGGAGAAGGAGAGACAGGAGAGGGAGAGAGAAAAGGAGAGGCAAAGGCUGAAGGAGGAGAAAGAGAGACAGGAGAAGGAGAGACAGAUAGAAUUGGAGCGGGAGAGAGAAAAUGAGAGGCAGAGGCUGAAGGAGAAGGAGGAGAAGGAGAGACAGGAGAGGGAAAGACAGAUGGAGUUGGAGAGGGAGAGAGAAAGGGAGAUGCAUAGGCUGAAGGAGGAGAGUGAGGAGAAGGAGAGACAGGUGGAGAGGGAGAGAGAAAAGGAGAUGCAGAGGCUGAAGGAGGAGAGCGAGGAGAAGGAGAGACAGGAGAGAGAGAGAGGAAGGGAAAGGCAGAGGCUGAAGGAAGAGAAAGAGAGACAGGAGAAGGAGAAGGAGAGACAGAUAGAAUUGGAGAGGGAGAGAGAAAAUGAGAGGCAGAGGCUGAAGGAGAGGGAGGAGAAGGAGAUACAGGAGAGGGAAAGACAGAUGGAGUUGGAGAGAGAAAGGGAGAUGCAUAGGCUGAAGGAGGAGAGCGAGGAGAAGGAGAGACAGGUGGAGAGGGAGAGAGAAAAUGAGAUGCAGAGGCUGAAGGAGGAGAGUGAGGAGAAGGAGAGACAGAUGGAGAAGGAGAGAGAAAAGGACAGGCAGAGGCUGAAGGAAGAGAAAGAGAGACAGGAGAAGGAGAGGCAGGAGAGGGAGAGACAGAUGGAUUUGGAGCGGGAAAGAGAAAAUGAGAGGCAGAGGCUGAAGGAGAGAGAGGAGAAGGAGAGAGAAAGGGAAAGGCAGAGGCUGAAGGAGGAGAGUGAGGAGAAGGAGAGACAGGAGAGGGAAAGACAGUUGGAGUUAGAGAGGGAGAGAGAAAAGGAAAGGGAGAGGCAGAGGCUGAAGGAAGAGAACGAGAGACAGGAGAGGGAGAUACAGAUAGAAUUGGAGAGGGAGAGAGAAAUUGAGAGGCAGAGGCUGAAGGAGAGAGAGGAGAAGGAGAGACAGGAGAGGGAAAGAGAGAUGGAGUUAGAGAGGGAGAGAGAAAAGGAAAGGGAGAGGCAGAGGUUGAAGGAGAGAGAGGAGAAGGAGAGAGACAGGGAAAUGCAGAGGCUGAAGGAGGAGAGUGAGGAGAAGGAGAGACAGGAGAGGGAGAGACAGAUGGAGUUAGAGAGGGAGAGAGAAAAGGAAAGGGAGAGGCAGAGGCUGAAGGAAGAGAAAGAGAGACAGGAGAGGGAGAUACAGAUAGAAUUGGAGAGGGAGAGAGAAAUUGAGAGGCAGAGGCUGAAGGAGAGAGAGGAGAAGGAGAGACAGGAGAGGGAAAGAGAGAUGGAGUUAGAGAGGGAGAGAGAAAAGGAAAGGGAGAGGCAGAGGCUGAAGGAGAGAGAGGAGAAGGAGAGAGACAGGGAAAGGCAGAGGCUGAAGGAGGAGAGUGAGGAGAAGGAGAGACAGGAGAGGGAGAGACAGAUGGAGUUAGAGAGGGAGAGAGAAAAUGAAAGGGAGAGGCAGAGGCUGAAGGAGAGAGAGGAGAAGGAGAGACAGGAGAGGGAAAGAGAGAUGGAGUUAGAGAGGGAGAGAGAAAAGGAAAGGGAGAGGCAGAGGCUGAAGGAGAGAGAGGAGAAGGAGAGAGACAGGGAAAGGCAGAGGCUGAAGGAGGAGAGUGAGGAGAAGGAGAGACAGGAGAGGGAGAGACAGAUGGAGUUAGAGAGGGAGAGAGAAAAGGAAAGGGAGAGGCAGAGGCUGAAGGAAGAGAAAGAGAGACAGGAGAGGGAGAUACAGAUAGAAUUGGAGAGGGAGAGAGAAAUUGAGAGGCAGAGGCUGAAGGAGAGAGAGGAGAAGGAGAGGCAGGAGAGGGAAAGACAGAUGGAGUUAGAGAGGGAGAGAGAAAAGGAAAGGGAGAGGCAGAGGCUGAAGGAGGAGAGCGAGGAGAAGGAGAGACAGGAGAGGGAGAGACAGAUGGAGCGGGAAAGAGAAAAUGAGAGGCAGAGGCUGAAGGAGAGGGAGGAGAAGGAGAGACAGGAGAGGGAAAGACAGAUGGAGUUAGAGAGGGAGAGAGAAAGGGAGAUGCAUAGGCUGAAGGAGGAGAGAGAGGAGAAGGAGAGACAGGUGGAGAGGGAGAGAGAAAAGGACAGGCAGAGGCUGAAGGAAGAGAAAGAGAGACAGGAGAAGGAGAGACAGAUGGAGUUGGAGCGGGAAAGAGAAAAUGAGAGGCAGAGGCUGAAGGAGAGGGAGGAGAAGGAGAGACAGGAGAGGGAAAGACAGAUGGAGUUAGAGAGGGAGAGAGAAAGGGAGAUGCAUAGGCUGAAGGAGGAGAGAGAGGAGAAGGAGAGACAGGUGGAGAGGGAGAGAGAAAAGGACAGGCAGAGGCUGAAGGAAGAGAAAGAGAGACAGGAGAGGGAGAGACAGAUGGAAAGGGAGCGAGAAAAGGACAGGCAGAGACUGAAGGAAGAGAAAGAGAGACAGGAGAGGGCAGCGAAGGAGAGACAGGAGAGGGCAGAGAAGGAGAGACAUGAGAGGGAGGAAAAGGAGAGGGAGGGAGAGUUGUUGAGGGAGGAGGAGAGACAGGAGAUGGAGGAGAGGGAGCAGAAGAAGAGACAGGAGAGAGAAAGAGACAAUCAGAGGCUGAAGGAGAAGGAGCGACAGGAGAGGAAGAGUGAGAUGGAGUUGGUAUUGGAAGGAGAAAAGCAGAAGGAAAGGGUGAGAGAAAACCUGUUGAUGGAUAUGGAGAGGCAGAAGGAGCGAGAGAUGGAGGAGAGGGUAAGAGAAGAGAGAGGGCUGGAUCUCCCCGCUUACGAGGAGCCCAUUGAGGCUGAUUAUGAGAUAUUUGAUGCGGAGGAGGAGAGCCAGGCCAGAGCAGCUGCUGCCCUACGGGGGAUGGAUUGCUUCUGUCUGGGCUGUGGUUGUCUGCUCUCUGAGACUGACAGACUGUCUGGAGGACACCAGGAUCAUGAGGUCACCAGCGUGGAGACAGCCUACGAAGACAUCAGGGAGAGGCUGAGUGAGUGGAUCUCAGAACUGCAGGAGAGAUCAGAGAACAUUGAGGAUCUGGUGUCAGAACUAGAGCUGGGAUACAACACUGUAGAGGACCAUUGCAGGGACAGUGAGGAGGUAAUGGAGGCUCAGAAUGAGGAGAUGAUGGCUCUGGUGAUGGAGCAGUACAACACCAUGUCUCUGAGCAUGGAGGAGGAAAAGAAGGCAAAGCUGGAGCAGCUUUACGACCAGAUCGUCUCCUUCCAGGAGAGUAUAGACCAGACCAAGGUCACACUGGACACCACCGCUAGAGAGGCAGAUAUAGACCCAGACACACAGACAUCCAAAGACAUCUAUAUGAGGUUAACAGAAGCACUACAGUCAGCCAUGUCUCUGGAGCUGGGUCCUCGGGGACUACUUGUGUUUGAAGACUACGCCAAGGGCAAUGCAGCAAAUACACACACACGACGCAAGGGAAUCCCAGUUCCUCAGAAGCCGUCUCUGCAGCCUCAGGAGUGUGCUUCAGCCAGCAGCACCAGUGUGACUGUUUACUGGAGGGUCAACCCUGGAGACAUCAUAGACUGCUUCCAGGUCUACUGUAUGGAAGACCCACAAGGAGCGGUGUCAGAUGAGUACCGUGUGACAGUGAAGGAGAGUUACUGUGUUCUAGAGGAGCUGGAGCCUGACAAGGUGUAUAAAGUGUGGGUGAUGGCUGUCAACUAUACCGGCUGCUCUUUGCCCAGUGAGAGACUACCCUUCAGAACUGCCCCAUCGGUGCCAGUGAUUGAUACGGGGCGGUGUACGAUACUGUGGGACUCGGCCACGUUACGUUGGAAUGUGGACAACCAAACACCCAUGCAGAGUUACACCCUGGAGUACUGCAGACAGUACGCCCUUGAGGGAGAAGGGCUUAGGUCUAUCUCAGGUAUCCAGGGCAGACAACAGAGGGUACUACUGCAUCCCAAUGAGAACUACCUGUUCUACAUCAAAGCUGUCAACAAGGCUGGAGCCAGCGAACAGAGCGAAGCUGCUCUCAUAUCUACCAGGGGAACUAGGUUCCACCUGUUGAAGGCUUCGGCUCACCCUGUCCUGAAACUGUCUGAGGACCAGACCACCCUGUACUACCCCCAGGACACAUACACAGAGAGAGGGGAUGUGGUUAACGAAUGUCCAUCUGUCCUGGGUGAGUUGUUACCCAUGAGGGGGCAUCACUACUGGGAGACCAAUGUGACCAGAAGUUCUGCAUACCGGGUGGGAGUGGCAUAUGAGACAGCCAAUAGGGACAGUCUACUGGGGGAGAACAGCACUUCCUGGUGUCUGCAUUGUGUCCCUACACCCUACAGUUGUCGGUUUGAGCUGCUCCACGGCAGUGUUCAGUCAGAUGUGUUCGUGGGGGAGGUGCCCUCUCAUAUUGGUACACUGCUAGACUACAAGCAAGGCCGUCUGUCCUUCUAUAACACCCAGCGCGGCCAGCUGCUCGGGACCCUCGUCCACUGCUUCACCCAGCCAUGCCACCCUGUCCUGGGCAUGGAGCAGCCAGGCAGCCUGAAAGUCAGCAUGGCCCUGGAGGUGGCCGACUUCGCCAAGCAUAGCUAGCCAAGCACCAGAACUUCCCUAUGCAAGAUAUGUGAUCAUAAGUACCCAUGGAUUUAAUAGAAAUCAAAUUGUAUAAAGCUAGAACAGUGAUAGCUACACUUUUAAUGGAAUAAAUAGCCAAUCUCUCUGGACUCUCCCCGAUGAUGGUGGUGGCUACAGCUGUAUCAGGACAUUCACUGACUCAGUGAUGAAAGAGACAGGAGUGAGAGGAAGAACUGUAGUUGCUUCAGGUAGUAUAGAUUUGAAGGAAAGUGCAAAUCUUGAAGGUAAUAGGAAAAAUAUUUUAUAAAUAGGAAAAACAAUCAGAGCAAUAGUCAAUAUCUAUCACUCAAUUAUUGCUGUUUUAUUUCUCUUGUGAAUUUGACUGAGUGUGUUCUUGUUGAGGUGAAAUGUUUAAUCUCUGAGAUUAGUAUUAAUUCAAAUCUUUUGGCUAUAUUUUUUAACAUGUUUUGUCAAGUGUUGCUUUAAUUUCUCCAGUAUCUCCUUCUCUCAGCAAUCUUACUCAUCUCUCCUAGAGCCUUUAGUAGGUACACAGCCGUGAUGCACAUUAAACUGUAUGUAACUGCCAGGGUAUUGAACCCAGGUAGUCUGUGUGACUCAAUACUGUGUUAGCCCACUGAGCUACUUGCAAGGCAAGUUCAUUACUUGGAGAUUGUGUGGAUAAAGAUACUAGUAACUAUUUUGUUUCAUGUUGUGAAUACUGGUGUAUAAAUAACCUUGUAAACAGAUAUGUUGAAUCUGUUCUGUGUGUUUGUUUGGAAUCAUUUCUGAAUGAUGAUGAAUUAAAGUUUUUUCUCUUUGUUGAA